AUGAAUAUAAAGAUGCCGGUUGAUAAAUCUACGAAAGAAUGGGAUUUUGAACAUCAACAGUCUUGGGAGACAUUUCGGGUUUCUAUAACGAGUUCAACUCCUAAUAGUGUUGUUUCUUUGGAAACGGUUAAGGGUGGUGUUUUGAAUGAGGAGAUGAGAAGGAAGGCACAGGGUUCUUCAUCUCACUCUGAAGUUUUGGUCACUGAAAAUAGGGGGAGAAGUCAGAAAAAAGAACAGAAGGGUGGUAGAGAAAAUAGCAAAAGCAAGUCCAAGUCUAGAUACAAAAAUAUAAAGUGUCAUUAUUGUCAUAGGAUAGGGCACAUACAGAAGAAUUUUUUUCUGUUGAAAAAGGAGAACAAAGGCAAGAAGGGUAAUAAAAAACAAAGGGGUUGUGAUGAUGACCGUGUUACUACUUCUACUAGUGAUGAUCUUGUUAUUCUCCGUGACUAUGAGUCAAUUAAUCUGGGUAUAUCACAUGAAAAGACUUCUCCUAAAACUCCUCAGCUUAAUGGUUUAUCAGAGAGGAUGAAUUGGACACUUGUUGAGAGAGUGAGGUGUAUGCUCUCUGAAGCUAAGUUGCCUAAACAUUAUUGGGGUGAGGCAUUGUACACGACAAUGCAUUUUAUUAAUCUUACUCCUACUGUCAUUUUGAAUAGUGAGGUACCAAACAAGGUAUGGUUUGGCAAGAAUGUCAAGUAUGAUCACUUGAGAGUCUUUGGUUGCAAGGCUUUUGUGCAUGUUCCAAAGGAUGAAGAUCCAAGUUGGAUCCAAAGUCAAAGCAGUGUAUCUUCAUUUGUUAUGGUGAAGAUGAAUUUGGCUACAAGUUGUAUGAUCCUAUAA